GAAGAAUCCCAAUAAAAAAAAAAAAAAAACAGAAAUGAUGGGGAAAUCCCAAUAAUGGGAAAUCGCUGUCUGUCAGAGAUUUUUAACCUCUUGCGUUGUGUUAUCUUCUUCAAAUACAUUUCUUGACUUUGUCUACUUCCCUCUUAAGUUUCCCAUGUCUGCCUCCUGCUUCACACUCUUCUUUUCUUUCUACAUUCACUCUUAUUAUCAUUUACUGUUUUACAUUGAAAAGGUUGGAUUUUUGUUCAAAAUGCUGUUAAUCUGCAAACAAAUUUAGCUUUCCUCUUUUUUUGUUUCAAUCUGAUUAUCUCAACUUUUUAUUCAAAAAUCAAGAAUGCCGUUAACCACCGUGACCCACCUCCACCUCCACCUCCUCCUUCUCCUCUUCCUCUCCGCUACCACCACAACCGCCACUUGCUUCACUUACCACCGCCGUCUUCUCCACCAGCCUUUCUUCCCUAAUAUUUCCUCCCCACCAAUCUAUCCUCCUAGCUCUACCGUAUUCCCCGCGCCGCAACCGGCGCCUUAUCACAGCCAGCAACAACCACCCAAAUAUCCUUUCUCCACCACCCCCCCUUCCACUCCUCAAAAGCCUUUCUUUCCUUCAUUUCCUUCUCCUCCGCCACCCUCCAUGGUACCAACUUUUCCCGCCAACAUAUCCUCCCUGCUCGUACCUGACUCUCCCUCACCCUCGUCCCACCGCCGGCACAUCGUCCUCAUCUCCCUCUCCUCCUCCCUCCUUGCGGCCGCUGUCAUCCUCGCUCUCGUCGCCCUCACCCUCUUCUUCCGCAAUCGUAACCACCACCACAACAACACUUCCAACUCCGAAGAUAAAGCUUCCCUUUCAGACUCAAUGCGCUUAUUCCCUCCCAACAUUCCUCCCUCAGAUGCCUCCCAAAAGCCACCAGCUCCACCUCCAGCGCAACAACCGCCCCGCUAUGUCUCAAUCAACCGCAGCUCCGAGUUUCUUUACUUAGGAACACUUGUAAACUCUACAGUCGACCCACAAAAAGUUAUCCUCUCUAGCAAUGGAGGUAGCAAGUUGGGAGGUUCAUCUUCUCCUUAUCAAAAGCUUGGCUCUCCAGAACUGAAUCCAUUGCCACCAUUGCCAAAAGUCCAAACUUUCCAAAGUGGAGAACAAUUUCUCCAAAAUGAACAAAUGGGUAGUUCUGAGAACGAUGUCGAAGAUGAAGAAGAUGAGUUUUUUUCGCCAAGAGGGUCUCCUGGUAGAAGAGAGAGUCCACCUCCAUCAGUAAGAAUAGAAUCAAGUUCAAGAAGGGAAUUUCAUGGUGAGAAUUUUGGCAGCCGAAGCUUCAACUCAAGAACAGCUUCUUACCCUUUAUCUACCUGUCGUUCACUUUCAAAUUCAUUCUUGAACUCAAGCCCUUCGAGUCAGAGAUCCAAGUCUCCAGAUACUGUUGUUCCCAUUUAUACUGUGAGAGUAAAAACCUCAUCUUCAACUCCACCUUCAUCUUCGUCGUGUUCAGAUAGGGAUUCACCGGAUAUAGGCUCAAGUCUUUCGGGGCAGAACAAGGAAUCUCCAUCAAAGGUUAUGCUUAAAAAGCUACCGCCGCCACCUCCUCCGCUUCCUCCGUCGCGUUUUUGGGAGGUUCCUGUGGCAGUGAACUCUGUUUCGGAGACUAAGUCUAGGGGGCCUCCGGUACUUGUUGCUCCUUCUAGGCCAAUGGUGGUAAAUGGGCAGUCGAAGAACAACGAAGGCUUAGGGAGGAGUGAAGAGACCCUAAAACCCAAACUCAAGCCUUUACAUUGGGAUAAAGUUAGAGCGAGUUCGGAUCGGGCCAUGGUGUGGGAUCAGAUAAAAGCAAGCUCUUUUCAAUUGAAUGAGGAAAUGAUUGAGACACUGUUUAUGGUGAAUAAUUCAAAUUUGGCCACCAAAGAUAAUGCCCGCAAGCCGAUUCUGGCUGCCGUGAAUCAGGAAAAUCGCAUUCUUGAUCCAAAGAAGUCACAGAACAUUGCCAUUUUAUUGAGGGCACUAAAUGUGACCAUUGAUGAAGUCUGUGAAGCACUUAUGGAAGGCAAUUCAGACACUCUUGGGAUUGAGCUCUUGGAAAGCUUAUUAAAGAUGGCUCCAAGCAAAGAAGAAGAGCAUAAACUGAAGGAGUUCAACGAUGAAUCCCCUUUUAAGCUAGGUCCUGCUGAGAAAUUCCUCAAGGCAGUGCUUGACAUACCUUUUGCCUUCGAGAGGGUUGAUGCUUUGCUUUACAUUGCUAAUUUUGACUCUGAAAUUGAGUACCUGAAAGGAUCUUUUGAAACUUUACAGGCUGCUUGUGGAGAGUUGAGAAAUAGCAGAAUGUUUCUGAAGCUUUUGGAGGCAGUACUCAAAACUGGGAACCGCAUGAAUGUUGGCACCAACCGUGGUGAUGCACAUGCCUUCAAGCUCGACACACUCUUAAAACUUGUUGAUGUGAAGGGCACGGAUGGGAAAACCACACUUCUGCAUUUUGUUGUGCAGGAAAUCAUCAGGGUGGAAGGUUCACACCUUUCUGGUGCCAAUCAAAAUCCAAAAGCUGAGAAAAUUCAGCAAUCUGAUUUUCAGGAUGAUGUUGAAUUAAGGAAGUUGGGUCUGCUAGUAGUUUCCGGUCUAAGUGGGGAGCUAACCAAUGUGAAAAAGGCUGCUGCGAUGGAUUCCGAUGUUCUCAGUAUUGAUGUUGCAAAACUUGCUACUGGUAUCUCUAAAAUCAGAGAAGUUGUAAAACUCAAUGAAGGGAUUGCUCUGAAAGACAAUAGCUGCAAAUUCUCGGAGUCGAUGAAUGAGUUCCUGAAGAAGGCAGAGGAAGAGAUUGUAAGAAUCCAAGCCCAAGACAGAGUUGCUCUCUCUAUGGUGAAGGAGAUAACAGGGUAUUUCCAUGGGAACUCAGCCCAGGAAGAAGCUCAUCCAUUCCGAAUCUUUAUGGUCGUUAGGGAUUUCCUUUCCAUUCUUGAUCAAGUGUGCAAAGAGGUUGCAAAGGUGAAUGAGAGAACGAUAUACAGUUCGGCACGUCCAUUACAAAACCCUCCCACUCCAUCAGUUUUUCCCGGACUCAAUGUAAGGCGGCAUUAUAGUUCCUCUGAUGAUGAAACCCCAUCAUAGUUCCUGAUAAAUGUCUCACAUCCGCAUUUGUUCUUGUGGGUAAAUAUCAUCACCUUUCAUCAUAGUUCCUUAUCCCUGAAUCAUAACUUCUAACAGCUCCCAUUUCAGAAUGCGGCAUUCAAUGCAAAUGUGCUUGUGAGCAAAUCUCAACAUAUAUAUAUUUAUCAGGAGCUUAUAUAGUGUAGCUAUAAAGUUGGAUCUUUCCUGUAAAUAAAUUAGUUACGAAGUUUCAAGUUUAUGCUAAAUGAUAGAAGUAGACAUCUGCUGUGUUUUAA